UCACUUGGCCCGGCGCUCUCCACGCUCCACCGUCUCCCGCCCCUUUCUCCUCGCCCCCAACUCUAUCCUCCCCACCACCCGACUGACUAAACCCCCAGACGUCCCGGAGGUUUCAGCAGCAGCACGAGAACCACGGUGAUGGGCGCCGUGACAAUGGCGAGCAGCUCCCUGGUCCUCCGCCCGCGGGCGUCGUCGUCGUUGCCGAGCACGAGUCCUCGUCGUGCGCCCACGCGCCGGGCGGCAUUGCCCGCCCCGCGGCGCCUCCGGGCCGCGGCUGCUGAAACUCCUCCGCGGGAGGGGGGGCUCUCCGUGGUGGUGGCCGGCGAGACGAGGUCGGCGACGACGACGCGGCUCUACUCGCUGGCGCCGUACCCGCUGCUGCUGGCGGCGCUGCUGCCGGGGGCGGAGCCCAUCAGCGCGGCCUUCGAGCCCUUCGUGGAGCUGGUCAGGACCUUGAGCCUCCCCGACUGGCUCGUGCACUGGGGCCACCCCGGCAACAUGGCCGUGGUGCUGUUCGCAAUGGGUGGGUACGGGACAUACCUCGGAUUCAGGAUCAAGCUGUCUGACGACCCUGAGGAGAAGGCCAAGGCCAAGGACCUCCACCCCAAGCUCCUCGGCGGCAUGUUCUUCUUCUUCGCCCUCGGCGCCACAGGCGGGGUCACCGCCCUCCUCACCUCCGGUAAACCCAUCUUCGAAAGUCCUCACGCGGUCACCGGGGUCAUCGGCCUUGCGCUCCUCACCGUGCAGUCUCUCCUGCCAACAUUGUUUGAGGGGAACCCUGGGCUGAGAGGCGCGCACGGCCUACUCGGCAGCAGCAUCAUGACGCUCUUCCUUUUCCACGCCGCGUUUGGGCUGCAGCUUGGCCUCAGCUUCUAAUUAGCUCGUGCGUGUGUGCGUAGCUGGUGUUAAUUCGUUUGGGGUUUGUUUCUGUGUUUGUGGUUGCUUAGAAGAAGUAAAUUCAUCUCUCACAGUUUCAUCCUUGUCUUUGUUAGCUAGCAGUAAUACUGUCAAGAAAACGAUAUCCCAACUUACCUACGUGCAGGUAUGCAUUACAACAUAAUUUCUUCCCAGAACCA